AUGCUACCAGAGUCUAUUCGAUCAACAAUUCUUACCACGGUUUAUAUCUUAUUCUUUAGUCCGGAUUAUCUCGGCAAGAUAACUGAGAAAACCGAGUACUUAGUUGUUCACGAUAAAGAAAAGCUUUUUGUAACAUUUGAAGAAUUGUCUAUUCAUGAUAAUUGGGAGAAUAAGGAUUCCAUGGCAUGCAGGUGUUAUAGCGUUCCCGGAAAUGAAUUGAUUGCCAGAUCCUCAAGUGCUCAUAACUCAAUCGCGAGUGAUGAAGAUAGCAUUUUGCUCAAGAUAACCGGCGAGUCUUCAAAAGCUGAAAGUAGCUCUCCGGUCGAAUACAAAAUCAUUAUACUGCCAAUCAAAAAGCUGUUGUAUGAGAAGUUAUCAAAUUCAUCAUGGAAGUCAGAUACAGAAUUUACAGCCGACGAAAUACAUGAUAUUAUCGCCAUACUACCACGUUGUAUUGAGAAAAGAAGUCUUAUUGCGUUCCUAAUAUUUAAAAACCUCAUUAAUGAUACCAACCUGUAUCAGCAACUGGAAAAAGUUUUUGCCGAAGAGCAAAGUCAACGAGAAAAACCAUCUCUGUACAACCAAUUGACUUGGUACGAUGAUAUCCUCGCAUUACUUCAUGAGAGCUGCUAUUUUGUUCUUGAGGACUGGACUGGCGGCUUAAUGGUAACUGCAUCCGAACAUGAAAAGAAGUAUAAAUUUCCUAUCUACAUUGGGUCUAUUAAUGACCAUUCUUUGUGGACUUUAGCUGAUUAUUUAGCAGUUGAUUAUCAAUUUUUACGGGAACUAUCCCUAAAUAAGUUAUUAGCUCCUAAAAAAAUGAACGUAUUGACAUGGGACAUUGAUUUUACAGGCUAUUUCAACAGAGAUAGGAAUUUUAAGCGGAAUAAUGAUCAAGACACAGAAGCUAUUAGAGAUGACUUUGUGAAAUAUUUCUAUAAAUUGUUCAAUGAUUUGUUUGAAUUAUUAGAGAAUGUGGAGGUAAUGAUAUUACGUAUAUCAUCGUUUCAGUAUAAUUCUGACUUUAGCUUUAUGCCCAAAAAAAAGAUUCACCUACACUGUAGUGAUUGUCAUUUUGAUGUUUCAGCAUGUUUGCCCAAAAACCUUGUAGUCUUGCACAUAAGUCAUUCAAAAAUAAGCGGGAGGUUAGAACUGCCCGAAGGACUAUGCUCGGUUGUGGUAGAGCAUACGGAUAUAAUUUCUGAGGGUGUUUUGGUUAUCAACGACAAAUGUGAACAAAUAUUAAUCCGUGAAACAAAAGGUAACAUACUCUUCUCAUGUGCAUAUAAUUUUCAUAGGAUUGAGUUUCCGAAUCAUCUUAUAAAAGUCGAUUUUGGCAGAAAUUCAGAUGACACAGUGGAGUCAUUAAGUAUUGUUGAUGCAAGGAUUGUUGGGAAUACAGAGCUCGGUUGCAACACCAAAACACUUUUUCUGGAAAAUGUAAAGGUUUCUAACAAUGCAGUGGUUAAAAUACACCGCUCAUGCAAUAACAUCAUACUGAAUAAUUGUAUGGGGUGCUUUGAUCUAGCAGAUGUUGUAGUGUGGGGGAGAUUACAACUUGCCAACCGUAAAAAUACAUUUAAAUUGGUCAGAUCAGUGGAGAAGAAUAUACACGAGUUGUCAAUGAUAAACAUUAACUAUGCUAAAGCAGCAUUUUUAUACGGUGAAGGGACAAACAUGGCUUGUCUAGCAAGUAUGAGUUCAUACACAGAUUUGUAUCUAAAAAUGAACAUGAAAACAGACCGCAUUACAUCUCAUAACCUUAAGUUUUACUUGGAUAUACCACUCCUCAUGCACGGAAAGAUAAUAUCAAGAAUAGACCAAACUGAAAACUGCGAGUUCUACCAGUGUGAUGAUAACGGAAAAAUUCAAAUAAUUCUAAAAAAUGCCCGGAUCAAUGAAAAAAUGUCAUUGGCUGGCUGUAGUUUUCAAGAAAUAGCACUAGUUAAUGUUCAAGUCGCUCAAAAUCAAAUAUUUGAGAUCAAUGCAGCGUAUGAAAACUUGUCUUUGAAAAAUUGCACCGGGCGCUUUAUAAUUCUGGGGAUUGCAACUAAUAAAGAAGAAUACAUCGAUUUACAGAACGAAGAAAGUCAUAUAUGGUUUUACAAGGUGGGGAGAAACGCAUAUAAUUGUGAGUUAUCCGGUCUCUCGAUAAAUUACGGAUUCAAGAUUAUUCAUAAGUUACAAAUAGCAAGAUUAUCAAACAUAAAGAUGAGUGAUGGCGCAAUUUUUGAUUUUGCAAACGGAUGCGCAAAUUUACAUCUAUUCAAUUGCAAAGAAUUUGGCUGUACAUCUUUAGAUAGUCCGAAGAAAAUUAUCAUGAACACUUCCAUGAUUGGCGUACCGAAAUACAAGAAUCCGCCACACGAGGUUGAAAUUUCAUCAUUUAUAUACGACGAAAAAAUAGAAAAGUUGUUGAUAUCAGUGAAAAAGAUACGUAUUUACAGUCCUGAGUUGAAUAUGGACCUACCAAUGGUGAUAAACCAUGAAUGCGAACAAAUCAUCGCCAAAAAUAUCAAAGGUUGUUUGAAAAUACCACUCAUUAUGAAAUCAUUGAAUGAUGCGUCAGUCAUUACUUUACUUAAUGGUACCUGCAUAUUUGACAGAAUUUCACUUGGCAUGUUUUUUAGUCUAUUUUUAGAGAAUGCAAGCAUUGACCAGACGGUGGAAAUAUCAGCAAACAUACACAGUCUAAGUUUAAAAUCAGUCACUAUAAAAGAGAACGCAGCAUUAAGAGUUAAUGCUAGUUGCGAAGUCAUAUCAAUUUAUAAAUGUUCAGGCGACAUUGAUUUCAGGAAAUGUGAUCAUCUAAGGUCGCUCACGUUGAAAGAAGGCCUGUUCAUCUACUACGAAGCUGUGUACGCAAAUAUAACUUUCUUGCAUUUAGAAAAUGUUAAAAUAUGCACUUCGGUGUAUUUGAAUGAGAAUAUACGGUCUGUUAAACUGGUUAACGUGGAAGUCAAAAAAUUUAAGGUUUUCAAAAUACGUAAGAAUUGCAGUACUGUAUAUAUCCGUUGCUGUAAGGGAAAUAUUAUCACACCAAAAAUGGCCAAUAUCAAUGGCGGAGAACUCGAAACGGCCCCGAAAAUAAUUAUCAUGGAAAACAGAUCGGAAAAU